AUGGCCCUUUACAAGAACAUACUUUCAUUUAGUGUGGCAAGACAAGCUCGUUGGGUUUCGUUUAAAAUUUUCUCUAAGGCGGUGGCAAUUAAAUGUGGAGGGGAUGCUAAUGUGGGGUAUGCUUGGUAUGGUGGCUCCUUGGAUGAUCUCUUAGAGAUUGUAUCUGCUGGAUUCAAUGGAUGCAAAAACCAUGAUGCUAAUGAUGAUGAUCGUGAUAAACAUGAGUGUCAUGGUAUUGGUAUGCCUUUAUUUGCUGCCAAUUUUUCCAUUGAUAGAGCUGAAAGGGAAUAUAAUGUGAGUUUGAUGUGCUAUGUGUACGGUGGUAUUAGGCAUGUGCUACUAUGCAAGGUGAUAUUAGGGAAUGUGGAAGCUGUUCCUGCUGGCUCAAAGCAGAGCCAACCUAGUUCUAAGCAAUUUGACACGGAUCCAGAGACACAUGGGGCACUGAAACCUCAAUCACCAUAUGUGUCAUUUCCCGAUUUAGUGGCAAGGGUUUCAAACCAUUUGAAACCAGCACAAAUGAACAAAAGAUUUCACGAGAACAAUGAUAAACAAAGUGAGAUUGAUUGUAGGAGACGAACUGCUGCGUUCGGUGAUCACAACCCAGUGACAAUGUGA